UCGGGUAGCUGUUGCUCAUUUAUGGUUUCGCUUCCCGAGGAAAAGGAUCUUAGAAACUUUGUGCUCUUUUCUAGAUAGUGCUUUGCUGGAUAAAUCCUCUGAAAAUCUGCCGAAAAGACUAAACCGGUAGUGUAGAUUAGUGUCCAGGUGUUCGUGGGUUCUUUUCAUCUUAACCCGUGGUGAAAAGAUGGACAUGCUGGAUAAGAUGAACCCGUUCCGGCGGCGUCGAACUGGGGCUUCAGCUGGGGCCGAUGGGGAUUCCAGUCCUCCGGUUGCGGGAACUAGUCUUCCCAAUCCGACCAUAACCCUAUCGCGGGCAAAUCCUUCGGAAGCAACCCUUUCGAGUGGGGGUUCUUCGGUGGGAACGGGACUGCACAGUAACGGUAACGGUGAACCAAGUGGAUCUGAUAAGGCCAAGAAGAAAUCCAAGCGCUCACGUACUAUUUCGGUUGUCCCCAUCAGCGAGGUGACGGAGGCAUCCCUGGAGCUAUGGCGCACCCUGCCGCCCAAGAUCCGGCAGGACCCCAGUAUGGUGUCCUUCCAGCAGGUGGAACUGGAGCAUGCCCGGCUGCACGGUGACGAUCACGAAGACUCCUUUCCGGAGAUCCAGCAGCUGGAGUACGAGGUUGAGGAGGAAGAGGAGGAUGAGGACGACGAUGAUGAUGACGACAACGGCAACGAGUUUAUCACCAUCAAUGUCACCAACGAGCAGGGCCAGCAUCGCGAAGUGGAUCACAUCAAAGAGAAAAAAGAUAUCCCGAAGCCGCAUGUUCAUCACUUGGCCGGUCAUUACAUUGGAAACAUAACCCCACCGAAACACGAUGACCUCAACGAUACCGGCCAAAAUCACUCGGAUGAGGACAAUCCGUUCCGAAAGUAUACCAAGAUUAUCUGUCUGUUCAUCACCUGGAUGGUGAUCAUCGGUUUUUUGGUGGUUAAAGAUGAGAAGCUGAUUCAUCCGAAGCAUUUAUCUGUUCCGGAUGGUCGAACUCGAUCCUACGUGCUGCCGAAAGUUCCGCUGAGCACUCGGGUGAGGUUCACCUUUGAGGGUACCUUCCUCGGGGAACCGUACACCAACAUUACGGUGAACUAUUUGACAAUCUAUCUGCAAUCAAUGAGCUCCACAUUGGAAGGGAAUAUGACUGAAGAAUCGGUACCACCGAAUGCGAUCCAUAACAUCAGCGAACCUUGGCAUAUUCCCAUUGUUCAUCCGUAUCUGUUCGAUAGUGCACCGAUCCUGAAGAAACAGCACAUUUUCGAGAUGAGUGAUAGUAACUAUGAGCGGAUUCACGAGGAAAAGGCUGCCGUUCGACUGAUGGUCAAAAGCAACAUCAAAGCUCCGAUGCCAAUUUCGGUGCAAUACGAUCAUGCUCCGGUCAAACGAGACGUCGGGGUGAUCUACGCCGCUUUCGUCCUCAUAUUCCUGUACGCCCUGAUCGUGUGGGAAAUUGUCCAUCGAACGUUUGCUGCCGUCAUCGCAUCGACGUUGGCCAUUUCGAUUCUGGCAGCCCUGAACGAUCGACCCACGAUGGAGGACAUCGUGGGGUGGAUCGAUGUGGAAACCAUUCUGCUGCUGUUCUCGAUGAUGAUCUUGGUUGCGAUCAUGGCCGAAACGGGAAUUUUCGACUACGUAGCUGUGUGGAUCUAUAAGAUCACCAACGGUAAAAUAUGGAAUCUUAUUCAUUGUUUGUGUAUAUGUACGACGUUGAUUUCCUCAUUUUUGGAUAACGUGACAACGGUGCUACUGAUGGCUCCAAUCACUAUAAGGUUAUGUGAGGUGAUGGAUAUGAAUCCUGUGCCGGUGCUGAUGGCGAUAACGGUUCACGCCAAUAUCGGAGGAACGAUGACCCCGGUUGGGGAUCCUCCGAAUAUCAUUAUCACCUCGAACCAGUACAUUCUGAAACACGGUGUAACAUUUUUGACCUUCACCGCCCACAUGAUGGUGGGCGUAAUCAUCGUCGUGAUAGCAACGAACAUCCACCUGCGGUUGAAGUACCGCAACAUCAACAACCUCCGCAUGCACGAACCCAAGGAGCUCAAAGAGCUGCGCCGUAACAUCAAGGUGUGGGAACGAGCAGCAGGGAAAAUCCCACCUUAUUCCAAAGAUGCCAACAUUGUACGCGAAACUUUGAUGAAGAAGGUCCAUUUGCUGAGGCACGAACUAAAGAAAAAGAUGACCAAGGGUUGCGUCCCGGAGGAGCUGUACCGAUCGACUCUGGACGAGUUGCAGAAGGAACAUCCGAUCAAGAACAAGGGGCUGCUGAUCAAAUCCGGGAUCGUUUGUGCGUUCAUCAUAUCGCUGUUCUUCCUGGAGUCGAUCCCGGAACUGCGCCGACUUUCUUCCGGGUGGGCUGCCCUUCUGGGCGUAGUUCUUCUGUUGAUCAUUUCCGAUAAAAACGACAUGGACGCCGUGCUGUCCCGCAUCGAAUGGCCUACGUUGCUGUUUUUCGCGGCCAUGUUUACCCUGAUGGAAGCGGUCGAAAGGAUGGGACUGAUCGAUUGGAUUGGCCAUGCCACGGAAUCGAUUAUUCUAUCGGUAUCGGAAGAUCUUCGACUGGCGGUUGCCAUCAUCAUCAUUCUCUGGAUAUCGGCUCUGACAUCGGCCUUCGUAGAUAGCAUACCCGUUACGGCCAUGAUGGUGAAGAUAGUGGUUGCCCUGUCGGAGAAAUCUUCCCUGGGACUGCCACUGCAGCCGCUGGUUUGGGCAUUGGCUUUCGGUCCCUGUUUGGGAGGCAACGGAACCCUUGUGGGAGCAUCGGCCAAUGUCAUUUGUGCUGGAAUAGCGGAACAGCACGGAUAUCGGUUCAGUUUCAUGGACUAUUUUAAGCUCGGAUUUCCCAUCAUGUUAGUUAGUGUUAUUGUGACCACCGGAUAUCUCAUUAUGGCCCACGUUGUCUUUGCCUGGCAUUAAGCGUAUGGGUGCCCUCUCUCUCUCUCUUAAGGAUGAGACCAGUUAAAAACUGAAAAAUUCAACUGAUGUAACUGAAAAAAACCUUUCGCCUUUCGAGUGAAGAAUUCCAAGAAAGAGGAAUAAAACGAUUUAGGAAAAAAGUCUUUGAGCUAAAACUAAAAAAAAAACCUUUGUAUUUAUUUUUCAGUUAAUAUACAUGUUCUCCAAAUCUACAUAAACUACGAUAUACAAACCAAACCAUUGAAUGUAGUGCGUGUUUUUCAAAUUCUCUAUUUCUCCAUCUCUAUUGUCUACAGGUUAAGUUAAGUUCAAAGAAUAAACUUUUGAAACGAAUCUAUCUGUAAAACAUUGUAAUUUUAG